AUGGACGCAGGAGGGGAUGCAAAAGGGGGCGGUAGCCCCGCAGCCUCUGAGGACCCCCGGAGCCCUGCGCUCCCGCAGCUCCCGCAGCUCCCGCGCCGCCCGCAGCUCCUGGAUGAGGACGGAGGGCCCAGUGACGAAGUGGCCGCCGAUGGGGGCAGGCCCCCGGCCCCGGAGGAUCCCUCGGCCGACGCCCAAGCCGAGGCCGUGGCCGCGGCCCCCGCCCAGGCUGAGGCUGCGGGGGAGGCCCGGCAGGGGCCCAAGGUGGCAGCCGGCGGGGUGCCCGACAUCGGCUUCGUAGGCGAGCCCCCGCCCUACGCGCCGCCGGACCCCAAGGCAGUGCACCUGCUGUACCCGCCCUUCCCGCAGGGCCCGGUCCUCUUCCAGCCUGGGCCCUCGCCCCAGGCCCUGUACCCGCCGCCCCCCGCCACGCCGCCGCUCUUCGCACCCUUCCCGGUGUACAACGGCCCCGUGGCUGGCAUACCAGCCCCUGCGGCGGUGGACCACAGGCCCCUCCCCAAGGACUACAUGAUGGAGUCCGUGCUGGUGACACUCUUCUGCUGCCUGCUCACGGGGCUCAUCGCGAUCGUCUACUCCCACGAGACGCGCGCCGCCCUGAGCAGGGGGGACCUGGUCCAGGCUGAGGAGGCGUCCCGCAAGGCCCGUUCGCUCGUGCUCUUCAGCCUGCUCUUCGGGGUCUUUGUGUCCACCAGCUGGGUCAUCUAUGUGGUCGUGGCGCUCUACCUCCCCUGAGAGCUGCUGGCUCCUUCGGGGAUGCUGGGAUGCACAAGGACCCCCAAGCUGGACAGACUCUUGCUGUGGACUUUGACCCCCGCCGCGGGCCAUCGGUUGUCUACAGAGGGGCCCCAGGGCCGGAAGAGGGUGGGAUGUGCCGCCCUGGGCGCACCUGCAGCUGGGCCCCAGCCCCUCCAGGUGGCCUCAGGCAGCGUCCUAACCUGAACUGGCCCCAGGGCCCAGGCCCACCGGAGCCCCCAUCCUCUGUGCUUCCUCCCAGGGUCUUUCCGGGGCUGUGCUGGCUGGGCCCCAGGACCCUUGCCUCCACCUUAUGCCCGGGAGACCAUCAAAGGGACCAGAGCUGUCCUUGUCCUCAGAGCCAUCCGGAAGGACACUGCCAACUCCGGCCUCCCCCCACCUGCAGCCGGGCCUGGUGACUGCCGGGCAAAGCUGCUGGCGUUUGGUCUUCCCUGUGGAGGAGCUGAGUGGCCUCCUCUCUCCCUGGUAGCUCCUGGCUGAUCGUUCUGAGCCCCUGCCCCGUCCCUGGAGACAAGUGCUCUCAUGCUGACUCCGUGUCCAGAAACCAAGGCCGCCGUGUCUGGUCAAUAAACAAAAAGCAAUC